CUGAACAUUUCCCACGGAGGAGUCACAGGACUUGUUGCUGUGAGGAUCAGUGAGCAGUAGAUUAAGUUACUUUUUCAGGUUGGAGAAAAGAAGAUGAAUAAGGUGGUUUUAGUGACGGGAGCAAACAGCGGGAUUGGCCUGUCGCUGUGUGAGCGUCUCCUUUCACAGGACACAGAGGGUCUCCAGCUGUGUUUGGCGUGCAGGAACAUGAGAAAGACUCAGGCAGCUCGCUCCGCCCUCCUGGCCUCUCACCCUACUGCCCAGGUAGCCCUCCUGCAGAUGGACACCAGCAGCAUCACAUCCGUUUUAAAUGCUGCACAGGAAAUCAAACUGAGGUAUAACCGGCUGGACUACCUCUACCUGAACGCAGGCAUCAUGCCAAACCCGCAGGUUGAUGUGAAAGCUUUCUUCAGAGGCCUCUUCUCCAGCAAGAUCAUUGCCAUGUUUGCCACCGGCGAGGGGAUUCUGACACAGAAAGACUGCGUCACCACCGACGGCCUGCAAGACGUGUUUGCAACCAACCUCUUUGGUCACUUCCUGCUUAUCAGGGAGCUGGAGCCAAUCCUGUGCCACGCCGGCCGGUCCUCCCAGCUGAUCUGGAGUUCCUCCAGUAACGCUCACCGCUCCGCUUUUAACUUAGACGAUAUUCAGCACAGAAGAGACACCCAACCUUACAGCUCCUCUAAAUAUGCCUCCGACCUGCUCAGCCUGGCGCUGAACACACACUACAACAAACAGGUCCGCUCUCACACACCCCUGUACUCUGCAUCGCCCAAGCAGGCGAGGAUCCUGCCCUCCUUCCCAGCAUUCCUCUGGACUCUACUCAUGCCCCUUUUUUGGCUUAUCAGAAUUUUCACCAACACGUUCACCCUGACCCCUUACAAUGGAGCCGGAGCCCUGUUCUGGCUUUAUAAGCAGAGACCUGAAUCCCUCGACCCUCAAGCUAAGUACCACAGCUUAACAUCUGGACUCGGUAACAACUACACACGACCGAGUAAGAUGGAUAUUGAUCUGGAAACAUCGGCGGCUCUGUAUGAGAAAUUAUUACAACUGGAAAGUGUCUGACAUCUGUGAUAUAGAUAUGUCCAUGUAUGACACAGUCUUGCAAAAUAUUUUGAUGUCUUGUUUCGAUUGUUUUUAAAUCCUAUGUGAUCUUUAAUUUGCUCAUUUAAGUCCCUGCUGUCAUGUGUAUGUUUCUUUGUCCUGCUUGUUCAAAAAUGUAAUAAAAAGAAUAUAUAUA